AUGGCUUCCAACUAUAUCACCAAGGUUGCCAUCGUCGGAGCUGGUGGCAACAGUGGUAGCUUCAUGGCCGAAGCUCUGCUAAAGACUGGCAAGCACACCGUUACCGCUUUGACAAGAGAGGGGAGCCAGAGCAAGCUGCCACCCGGAGUGAUCUCAAAGCCCAUCGACUACAGCAACAUCGAGACCAUUGUCGAGGCCCUGAAGGGUCAGGAGGCUUUUAUAAUUACACUCCCCGGUCAGGCUCCUGAAGGAACUGAGCUGAACUUGGUCAAGGCUGCCGCCAAGGCGGGUGUGAAAUGGAUCCUGAAUGACUGGUGCCCGGACACCCUGAAUGAGGAGUUGGUUCGGGAUGUUCCUAUCUUCCAGCCUAAAGUCGCCAUUCGCAAGUCUAUCAGCGAACUUGGAGUGAGCAACUAUAUCAGUAUUUCGACUGGUUUCUGGUAUGAAUGGAGUUUGGCGAUCCCGGCAGCAUAUGGUAUCGAUUUGCUCAACCGCACUGCCACACUCUUUGACGAGGGUGAUGUCAAGAUCACGACGUCGACCUGGCCCCAGGUUGGUCGCGCCGUGGCUGCUAUCCUCAGCCUACCAAUCAAGGCCCAGGGCUCUCUGGCCUCCCUUGAAAACCUCAAGAACCAGGUCGUAUACAUCAAGUCUUUUACUGUCAGUCAAAAGGACAUGCUGGAGUCUGUCUAUCGGGUGACUGGUACGAAUGAGGCAGACUGGACCAUCACCAAAGAGUCGUCCAGCGAGCGGUAUGCUCAGGGUACGAAGGAGAUGUAUGGGGGUAGUCGUGAAGGGUUUGCCAAGAUGCUCUAUACUCGUGUGUUCUACCCAGAUGGAUGUGGUGAUAUCGAGCACAAGGGUACGAUCAACGCACUGCUCGGUCUGCCGGUUGAGGACAUCGAUGCGGCGACGUUGGUUGCUAUUGACCGAGCUAAGAACUAUCCCUGGAGCUGA